UCCCGGCGGACGGGCCAGAGCAGGGUCCCUGCCAUCUGACGGGCAAAGCUGUCUUGGCUGAGGAGGGACAGGUCUGACGCAAGGAGCAGGAGCAAGAAGGUGAAGAAGGAGGACUCAUCAGGUCUGCAGGAGUUGGCUGAAGGCUCUCAGGGUUCGUGUGCGAUGCGUUUAACUGACAAGCAGGAAUCAUCAGAAGAAGAGAUGAGUUUAGGAGCAGCCUGCAUCUUCUUACGAGGAGGGAAAAACAUAUCACGGCAGCUGGCUGAAGAUGAAAUUGAUGAGCUGCGCGAUGCAUUCAACGAGUUUGACAAAGACAAAGACGGACUGAUCAGCUGUAAGGAUCUGGGGAACCUGAUGAGGACGAUGGGUUACAUGCCCACAGAGAUGGAGCUGAUAGAGCUUGGCCAAAACAUCAACAUGAACCUUGGUGGCAGAGUGGACUUUGACGACUUUGUGGAGCUGAUGGCCCCGAAGCUUCUAGCAGAGACAGCUGGGAUGAUCGGCAUGAAAGAGCUUAAAAAUGCCUUUAAAGAGUUUGACAUGGACGGGGAUGGAGAGAUCACAACGGAGGAGCUGCGGUUAGCCAUGAACAAACUGAUGGGCGAGCACAUGAAUCGCAGAGAGAUCGACGCCAUCGUCAAAGAAGCGGACGACAACGGGGACGGCACUGUAGAUUUUGAAGAGUUCGUCAGAAUGAUGUCUCGUAAAUGAACGCCGAGGAGGACGUCUUCAAGAAAAUCUGUUUGCACCUUUAAACUUUAGGACGUUGUCUUUUUCUGAAACUCCGAAAGACCGACUUAUAGGCUGUGUCAUUCAGAACAAACAUAAAAUAUACUGAAAGCACCUCAGAGAGGAACUGAACUAUGCAAAUACUGUGAUUUAAAUUAUACAAGUUUUAUAAAUAGAAGGGAAAACUGAAUGAAUUUAUUCAAUAUUUGUUGUUUUGUUUGAUAUGUACUGUAUGAUUCAUUUUGGAUUGAACUGC